AUGGCAUCAAGAGCUUCUAGAGGUAGAAAGCAGGCCAAGAAGGGUGUUCAACUGACCUUGAUGGUCGUCGGUGCUUCGGGUACGGGUAGAACAACAUUUGUCAAUACAUUAGUAGAAUCUGUUUUACUUGAACACCGCACUGCCAAUCUACUAGUUGAUCCUUCCAAUCCGCAUUCCGGAUUAGAUCCAAAUUUAGUACAACAAGCUGCGUCACAAGCUAAUGUGGAAGAACCAAUUCGAAUCAAACCUGUUAAUGUUGAAUUGGAAGAAGAUGGUGUCAGGAUCGCUUUGACCGUUGUUGAUACACCCGGUUUCGGUGAUGGUGUUGAUGACGAAUACGCUUUCCAAGAGAUAUCAUCGUACAUCGAACGUCAAAAUGAUGACAUUUUAGCUGAAGAAUCAAGGAUUAAACGUAACCCGAGAUUUAGGGAUAAUCGAGUUCACGCUUUAUUAUACUUCAUCCCUCCUACUGGUCAUGCUUUGAGAGAAAUGGAUAUUGAACUCAUGAGAAGACUUUCACCUCGAGUCAACGUCAUUCCCGUCAUUGGAAAAUCUGAUAGUAUGACUCCAACUGAAUUGAGAGCAUUCAAAAAGAGAAUAAUGGAAGAUAUCGAAUAUUACGGUAUUCCAGUAUACAAUUUCCCUUAUGAUGCAGAAGAAGAUGAUGAAGAGACUAUUGCGGACAACUCUUCACUUAGAGCUUUACUUCCUUUCGCCAUUGUUGGUUCCGAAGAAGAAAUCAUGAUUGACGGUGAACCUAUCAGAGGAAGAAGGUAUCCAUGGGGUAUCGUAGAAGUUGAUAAUCCUGAUCAUUCAGAUUUCUCCAGAUUGAGAGGUGCUUUAUUAGUAUCACACCUUACUGAUCUCAAGGAGAUCACCCAUGACUUCUUGUACGAGAACUAUCGAACUGAGAAAUUAUCCAGAUCUGUUGGCGGCAACGAUCCUGACUCUUCCAUCCUACCCGAGGAUAUGGCAAACCAAUCUGUUCGACUCAAGGAAGAACAACUCCGAAGAGAAGAAGAGAAACUUCGAGAAAUUGAACUGAAAGUUCAGAGGGAAAUUCAAGUGAAGCGACAAGAAUUGUUGGCUAAAGAGGAUAGUCUGAAAGUUCUCGAAGCUAGGCUGGCUGCUCAAGGUAACGGUCAUUCAAGAGAUGGUACCCUCUAA